AUGGAGUACACAUUUUAACAAUCAAAUACUUAAUUUGAGUAUGAAAAACAAAUGAAUGAAGAAUAAAAUAUAAUUGGUUUUAACAAGUUCGAAUUGCUUGACACUGAACAUUUGCUUAAGCUAUAUAUGUCUUGCAAGAAAUGUAACCAAACAAAAUUUAUUCUUGACAAAUUUUGUAAAUUUAUCAAACACCAUGGAGACUAAGUCGUCAUAGAAUCUAUCUUGAACUUAAUAGAAGGUAAAUAAAGAAGCCUUUAAUAAAUCAGAAAAGAAUUCUGCUUUUUUACCAAAAAGAAAUAACUUAACUAAGGAUUGUUGGUCUCCCUAUUAAAAAGUAAAAGAUUCUCAGUCUAUUUAUAAUACUUUAUGGAAUACUAUGUAGACGAAUUUAUAGAAAAUGGUUCUCUAAAAAAUAGUGAUUAUCACAUGAUCUGUAUUUCGUUUAUAAAAAGAUGCUUUACUGAUAAUUCACUGAUUGACAAAAUAAUUAAAUAUAAGAAGAAAAAUUGA